AUGGCGAGCCGGACAUCGGAGCUUGUGGGUCGGGUCGACCCGGCUCAGAAAUUCGACGUUGAUGCUCUGCUCCGUUAUGCGGUCUCCCAUGUUGAUGGGUUCCCUCAAAAUCCAUCUCAAUUCACUGUUUCGCAGUUUGGGCAUGGCCAAUCAAAUCCCACGUUUCUCCUGGAUGUUCAGUCUGGAUCUCUGAAGAAGAAAUAUGUGAUGAGAAAGAAACCUCCAGGAAAGAUACUUCAUUCUGCACAUGCUGUUGAGAGAGAAUUUCAGGUUCUACAUGCCUUAGGCACUCAUACGUUGGUUCCAGUGCCUAAAGCUUACUCCUUAUGUACCGAUUCGAGUGUGAUUGGGACUCCAUUUUACAUCAUGGAGUACUUGGAAGGUCGCAUAUACUUAGACCCCUUGCUCCCAGGUGUGGAACCUAGACGAAGGAAUGCAAUAUAUCGUGCAACUGCUAAAGCUUUGGCAUCUCUUCAUUCUGCUGAUGUGGAUUCCAUUGGGUUGCGUACUUACGGGAAACCAAAUAAUUACUGUAAACGGCAGGUUGAUAGAUGGGGUAAACAGUACCUUUUCUCUACCGGCGAGGGCAAAUCUGACAGAAACCCAAGGAUGUUGGAGCUUGCUCAGUGGUUGAGCCAACAUAUUCCUCUGGAAGAUUCUUCGGGAGCAGCAGCAGGUUUAGUACAUGGCGACUUUCGGAUUGAUAAUCUUGUUUUUCAUCCUAUUGAGGAUAGAGUGAUUGGCAUUCUUGAUUGGGAACUAUCUACCCUAGGCAAUCAAAUGUGCGAUGUUGCAUACAGCUGCAUGCAUUACAUUGUGGAUAUUUCUCUGGACAAAGUAGAAAAGAAUGGUGGUCUUGAAUUGACUGGAUUACCUGAUGGGGUUCCUUCAUUGCCUGAGUAUCUCGCAGAUUAUUGUGCAGCUGCUGGCAAACCAUGGCCUGCCGCUAACUGGAAAUUUUAUGUCGCCUUUUCUCUGUUCCGUGGGGCAUCUAUCUAUGCUGGAGUACAUUAUAGAUAUAUCUUGGGAAAUGCUUCUGGAGGAGAACGUGCCCGAAAUGCUGGAAAGAAAGCUGAUGCCAUCAUUGAAACUGCAUGGGAUUUUAUUAAUAGGGAAUCUGCUCUUCCCGAUCUUCCUCCACAGCGAUCAGUAUAUCGGGAGCAUGUGGAACAACUUGGAAAAGAAAGCACAGACAGCUUACAUUCAAGCGAAGGAAGGUUUGUUCCGAAUCAAAAGGUUCGAGAUUUAAGAAACAGAUUGAUCAAGUUUAUGGAGGAUAAUAUCUACCCAAUGGAAAACGAGUUCUACAAACUCGCUCAGUCUAGCAAGCGUUGGUCCAUUCACCCCGAAGAGGAGAGGUUAAAGGAUCUUGCUAAAAAAGAAGGGCUUUGGAACUUAUGGAUACCUUUUGAUAGUGCCGCCAGGGUUAAGCAAGUCAUUUCCGCUGAAAGAAGAGACGAUCAUGUCGGAGAGGCGAUCAAUGGCUUACUAGGCGCUGGUCUUUCGAACCUCGAGUAUGGAUAUCUUUGUGAGGUCAUGGGCCGUUCCGUGUGGGCCCCACAGGUGUUCAAUUGUGGGGCACCGGAUACUGGAAACAUGGAGGUGCUAAUGCGCUAUGGAAAUGCUGAACAAAUACGUGAAUGGCUUGUUCCUCUGCUUGAAGGAAAUAUACGCUCUGGCUUUGCAAUGACCGAGCCCCAAGUUGCCUCGUCUGAUGCUACUAAUAUAGAGUGUUCUAUCACAAGACAUGAAGAUUGGUAUAUUAUCAAUGGGAGGAAGUGGUGGACAAGUGGAGCCAUGGAUCCUCGGUGCAAAAUCCUUAUUGUCAUGGGAAAAACUGACUUCAAAGCCCCCAAACACAGACAACAAUCCAUGAUUUUGGUUGACAUAAACUCCCCUGGUGUGACUAUAAAGAGGCCACUGACAGUGUUUGGAUUUGACGAUGCCCCCCAUGGGCAUGCAGAAAUAACUUUCGACAAUGUACGCGUGCCAUCUAAGAAUAUCCUCCUCGGGGAGGGUCGUGGAUUUGAAAUUGCACAGGGUAGGCUGGGGCCCGGAAGAUUGCACCAUUGCAUGAGGCUGAUUGGAGCAGCUGAGCGGGGCAUGGAGAUGAUGAUUCAGAGGGCAAUAAGCAGACGGGCUUUUGACAAAUUAAUCGCCCAACAUGGAUCAUUCAUUUCAGAUAUUGCUAAGUGUCGGAUAGAUCUAGAAAGCACUAGAUUGCUUGUUUUAGAAGCCGCAGACCAGCUCGACAGGCUUGGGAACAAAAAGGCUCGUGGGACCAUUGCCAUGGCCAAGGUUGCAGCUCCAAACAUGGCCCUAAGAGUGCUCGACAUGGCCAUGCAAGUGCACGGUGCAGCCGGUGUAUCUGGGGACACCGUGUUGGCCCACCUUUGGGCCACUUCACGAACAUUAAGAAUUGCCGAUGGCCCUGAUGAGGUUCACUUGGGAACUAUCGGGAAAUUAGAGCUUAGAAGAGCCAAGCUUUAA